UUACCCAAUUAUCAUCAGGUAAUGCAGUCAGGUGAAGCAUUCAGCAGUCACACAGUGGCUGUGAGAUUUGAGCAAGCCGCCUUGGCACAACGCUCAGCUCGCACAGCGUGAAGCCUCCCCCCUGCCAAAGUCCGAAUGUUCCCCCGGGUGCCUCUCCGUCGCAGCUGCCCACAUCCUAGGCAGAUGCUGGGACAAGCACAUUUGGUUCAUGAGCGCUGCUCAAAAAGCAGCUGUGCUGGCAACCUGUUGAGAUCCCGUUGCUUCAGUCCUGCUGUGCAGGGUGGCUGAAGAGUUCUUGUGUUUUGUGGAGCAGCCCUCCUGGCUGGUGCAUGCCAUGAGCAGUGUGGAGGGUAGGCACAGUGAUGUUCCUCACCCAGCUAGGAUCACGGCAUCCCGUACAGCUGUAGAAGGAUGACAGGGUGUGUGGAAGAGCAGAAGAAACAGCUCCCUUGGACUCAGCUACUCCCUGCACCUAUAGAUGAGGGCUGGCCAGAGGGGCGAGCUGCUGCCUGCUGCAUGGUGCUCCAUCUGGGAGCUGGAGGGUCUGCUGGGAGCAGAAGUGUGGAUGGCUACCAAUGGAAGUGCAUUAUUAACAGUUAAAAUUAGAAAACCUACUCAUUGAACCUACACACUGCUGGAAUGUUUGUGAUCAUCUAGUUCCAAAGAAAUAAGCAGGUUACAAAAGAAUGUGAUGGCACAGGCUAUGCCAGUGCUCCCGCUGCAAAAAAUAGGGCAUAAAAAGGCAUGCACAAACUAUGUGUGCAUCACCUGUGCAACAGUGCAAAGACAUUCACACCUUUGUUGCAGGAAUGCAGAAACAUCUGUAGAGAAAGAUGGAUAAUGAGGCUUUCACUCUGUGUGUGUGCCAUAGCCUGAUGCGUGGCCAGGGAGAAGGCUCUAUGUGAGAUGCUGCCGUACAGGCAGGCAGUGGGUGCUGGCAGGCAGAGCUUUCUCUGGGAUCACAGCUGUUCCCCUUACCUGUGUCUCAGGCCCACCUUAGGGGUCCAUCUGCCAGCUUUUGCAGGUGGGAGUCCCACAGAGGAUAUGGUCCUGCCACCAGGCAGCCUGGAGCAGUCCUGCAGCUGUCCCACACAGCCACCCUGCAAAUGGGGCCAUAGUCCGCAGCCAGGAGUGUUUAAGGGGAAUCUCCUCCUUUUAGGUGUGCAAAGCCUCCUGAGCUCCGUGUUUUCCACAGAUUUCACGUGAAGGGCUAUUACUGUGCUUAUACAUCAGCAUCCUGUGUCUGGCAUUUGAAGCAGUGGCACCUCUAGAAGCGCAAAGGAGCAUUGUCACUGAGCUGCUUGCACCCCUGCAGUGAGCAAUUAGAGCAGCAGGUGGAUCUCCUGGACGGGUCAGCUGUGGGAAGAGCUCAGCAUGAGAAAAAAGGGUUUGAAGACCCUCCUGGUGCUCUGCAGUAGACUGCACAGAUGAGCUCCUCUCAGCUGGGUGAUAUGAAUACAGACCCUUCUCUUGACAUAAGCUCAGCUCCUGCCCUGUGUUUUUUUUCAAACCAACAGUGCCAACAGACUGUGGUGGGUUCAGCGCCAGCUGAGGACAAUGGAAGGUGCUAAAUUGCUGGGCUGGGUCCACCUGGAUGCUUCAGGAACUUCUGAUCCCAGCUGGCUCCACAGUUUAAAAGGGCUAGGCUAAGGGCAGCUGCUUCAUGGUCCUCAGCAGGAGAGCAGCAUGGGUGUUGCAGGGCAGUCUAGGACUGCAUGUAGAGCCAUGCUCUUCUGGGGGUUUCUUGUGUCCCUUGCUUUUGUUGUGGGGUUUCAGGAUGGUGUUUUUUCUGAUUCCAUCCUGCUGGCUUGUGGCCAGGAUAGCCUGCAGCUCACCUUGCCUUCAGGCUGGGAAGGGAAUGCUUCCUUCAUGCUGGUUGCUUGGGAUAAACAGGGAAAGGCACACACUCUGCAGAAUGACUCUGACUGUGGGCUCUCGGUAUCUGGGACUCCAGAUGGCUCCAGGAAAGUAUUGGUCUCCUAUGCUGGCUGUUACAUCUUUGAAUGGGUGAGUGACCUUAGUGGUUCUGCUGGGACUGUGGCUACUGCUGCUCUGGUUGCCCUGACUGGUGUGGUUCUUCCCCAGGAUGGUAAUUAUGUCAUGCUGGUUGGGCUUGAAGAAACAGAUGCUGCUGGACAAAAGGCUCUUCACAAGGAGGAGCUCCUCAGGUGCCCUGUGGACCUUCCUGCCCUGGAUGCUCCCAGCAGCACUGUCUGCUCUGCUGUCCUCAGCCAGGACCGGCUGUCCUGUGCCACCUUGCCUGUCAGCCAGGGAGACUGCGAGGCGCGAGGCUGCUGCUACGACCCUCGGGAUGGGGUGAAGCCUUGCUACUUUGGUAACACAGUGACGGCUCACUGCACACCAGAUGGCCAGUUUUCCAUAGCCAUCUCUAGGGAUGUGACCCUGCCACCUGUUGACCUGGACUCUGUGCACCUGGCCAGCGGGCACGGCGCUGGCUGCAUCCCUGUGGUGAAGAGCAAUGCCUUUGCUGUGUUCCAGUUCCCACUCUCUGCCUGUGGCACCACAUUCCAGGUGACUGGAGACCAGGCUAUAUAUGAGAAUGAGCUGGUGGCAUCCAGGGAUGUGAAGACUGGGAGCCUUGGCUCUGUCACUAGGGAUAGCACAUUCAGGUUACAUGUCCGCUGUAGUUACUCCAUCACUGGCAGCUUCAUUCCCUUAAGUGUUCAGGUCUUCACCCUGCCACCACUCCCUGCUGUGUCCCAGCCAGGUCCUCUGGCCUUGGAGCUACGUGUUGCCUCAGAUGGAAGCUAUACUUCCUACUAUACUGAUAGUGACUAUCCUGUUGUGAAGACUCUGAGAGACCCCAUUUAUGCUGAAGUCAAGAUCCUUCAGAGAACAGACCCAGACCUGAUCUUGGUCCUGCACCACUGCUGGGCCACACCAAGUAUCAAUCCCCAGCACCAGCUGCAGUGGCCUGUUCUGGUGGAUGGGUGCCCUUAUGCAGGGGACAACUAUCAGACACAGCUGGUGCCUCUGAGUCUUGCCUCAGGACUGCUGUUCCCCUCUCACUACCAGCGUUUCACCCUCUAUACAUUCACCUUUGUGGACUCUGCUUCCCAAGAGAUGCUCUCUGGGCUGGUGUACCUGCACUGCAGUGCUUCAGUGUGUCACCGCUCUGUACAAGAGUUCUGCAUCAUCACUUGUCCUGCUACAGCCAGGGGCAAAAGGAGUACUGAGCAUCUUCAGAAUGGUGCCUCCCAUGUCUCCAGCAAAGGCCCUGUGAUUUUCCUCCAGGAUGAGCUGAGACAAGACACAGCCAAGGAUGGCCUCAGAGCAGCUGUGUGUGCUGCAGCCCCCUGGGCCCUGGGGCUUGCUGCUGUGGUGACUGGUGCAGCUCUGAGUGUGAUGCUGGUGGCUGCUGCGCUGUGGCAAAGGAAGGCACCUGUAAUGCACGAGAUCAAUGUAACACAAUAAAGCAGCUGCCAAACCCCCUUGGGCUGUGGUACUCCUCCCUAACACAGAGCACAUGGGGUUCAACAGGAGGGUCUUGGGGACCCCAGCUGCAAGGCUUUGCUUGCAAAUAAAUUAUCUUGACUGUGAGCAAGCUUUUCAAAUGCUGUCUCUCCAAAUCUAUCUUGCUUGCUGGGUAUUAUUCUGCUCUGGGUUUAGUACUGUCUGCCGUCAAUGGGGAGCCCUUGUCAUGGCCCAAGCUUCUGGGAAGCUGCAGGCUGAUAAGUGGUAUCUGUGUUUCUGCCAGUGCCUAAGGUAGCCUUCAAAAUUACUUGCUUAUCUUUGCUCAUCUCGAAGUGCAGCAAAACUGAUGAAGAACAAAUCCUGCUUCUCCUCUGGGGAUGCAGAGCUGGUGUUUGUGCAGAGGAGCUGGGAUUGCCCACUUGCCCCUGAGCUCACUAAGUCAGGGCUGUGCUUGUGUGGCAAGCCUUCAUGGCAAAGCACUGUCCAAAUGGGCCUUCCUAAUGAUGACAACAUGAACCUCCCUCUUGCUUUGG